UGACAUUUUAAUAGUUGCCUAUUCCGUCAAAAUUCUCGGUAAAAAAAUAGUAUAUUUUUAACUGAUUGCUAAUAGAAUAAAUAGCACACCGAUUAUCGAUGCAGUAUAUGUUAUCUGAAAUGAUUUACAACCUUACAUAAAUUUAUUUUAGAAGACACUGAGGACAGUUUCAUACAUCUCUGUGGUUAGGAAUAACGUAAAAUACCGAAAUUUGUGUUAAAUAUGUUAAGAAACAUUGUUUUUAAAAGUGUGCGCCUUUCGGGGCGAAAUUUUUCGACUUCGUCUACAUUUAGAGACAAAUAUAGUUGCAAGUUAUUGGUGGUUGGAGGGGGAACAGGAGGAUGUUCUACAGCAGCAAAAUUUGCCCGCAUAAUGGCAAAGAAUGAUUUAAUUGUAUUGGAACCAAGUGAAGAUCAUUAUUAUCAGCCUCUCUUUACUCUAAUAGGUGGUGGAAUAUCAAAUAUUGAAGCCUCUAGAAGAAACGAACGCGACGUACUACCAAAAAAUUGUACUUGGGUUAAGGAUAAAGCAGUUGAAUUCGAUCCUGAUAAAAACACUGUUAGAACACAAAACGGCCACGUCAUCGAAUAUGAUUACAUCAUAAUAGCCGUGGGCUUGGAACUUCGAUAUGAUUUGGUUCCUGGAUUGCAAGAAGCGUUGGAUAAUCCAAGUAAAGUAUGCUCAAUAUAUUCACCCAAAUAUGCGCCACACGUUUUUGAAGUUCUGAAAAAUGUUAAAGGUGGCGAGGUUCACUUUACAUUCCCAAGCUCUCCAGUAAAAUGUCCUGGAGCACCUCAGAAAAUUUGUUACAUCGCUGAGGACUAUUUUAGAAAGGAAGGCAAAAGGAACGAUGUAACCAUCACAUACAACACAUCAUUACCCGUCAUUUUUGGUGUCAAGAGGUACGCUGAUGCUCUUUGGAAAGUCUGUAAAGAACGCAAUGUUAACGUUAAUUUAAGAACGAACUUAACGCAUGUCGAUGCUACUAAAAACGAAGCUACUUUCACAAAUUUGGAUAAACCGGAAGAGAAAAAAACAGUAAAGUUCUCCAUGCUCCAUGCUGUACCUCCAAUGGCUACACCAGAGUCUUUAUCCAAAAACAAAAAAAUAUGCAACGAGGCUGGUUUUGUCGAUGUUCACAAAUACACCAUGCAACAUGUCAAGUAUCCGAACAUUUUUACCAUUGGGGAUUGCAGUUCGACUCCAAAUUCAAAAACUGCUGCAGCUGCAGCUGCACAGACUGCAGUGGUAUUCAAAAACCUAUGCGCAGUAAUGAAAGGCCAAGACCUUUGCAAGACUUACGAUGGCUACGCGUCCUGUCCACUGGUUACAGGUUAUGGUAAAUGCAUUUUGGCCGAGUUCGACUACGAUCUACAACCGCUCGAGACCUUUCCAUUCAGCCAAGAUAGAGAAUUGAAAACAAUGUAUAUUUUAAAGAAAAACUUUAUGCCAGAACUAUAUUGGCAUGUGAUGCUCAACGGAUACUGGAACGGACCUGCUCUGUUUAGAAGGAUAAUGCAUCUUCAGUUGACUGAUAAGAAAAAUGACUCAUAGAAUUAGAUGUACGUGUUUAAGGGUAGGUGGUAGCUUAACAGAUAACUUGCUAUAACUCAGUGAAUUUUAUAUUUUUUUCAUUGUAUGUGCAAUAUGUGCAAUAAUAAUAUGUGCAAAUAAGAGCAAUGUGUGCUUUUAACAAUUAAAUAGUGCUCUCUAACGCAAGUGAAUAACUCUCUCCCCCUCUCAAUAUCUAUCCCAAUAUUAGAACGUUGUCACUAUCCCAUUUUUUGGGCACUCCUUCAAGCUUUUUCUGACUAGAUAUUCAUAACAGAAAUAUUGGUUCAUAUUUUGGCACAAAGUGAGGUUUUUGAUUUUGAGUUCUAAAAAUGUUAAAAAAACCGAAUUUGAUGUUAUACAGGGUGUUAGUAAAUAAGUAUUAAAAAACUUUAAGGGCUAAUUCUACAUGAAAAAAUAAUGCCGGUUUGCUCUAUAAACAUAAUAUGUCAGCAAAUGCUUCGUUUCCGAGAUACGGGAUGUUGAAAUUUUUAUUUCAAACUGCCAAUUUAUUUAUUACUCUAUGACCAGUUGAGCUAUGAAAAUGAAAUUUGGUCAGUUUUAGGAGAUAGUUAUUGCGUAUUUUUUAACACAUAAUUAAGAAUUUUGUAUUCAUCAUUGGCGCGCAUACGGGUAAGUCUGAAUUUUUUUAAAGAAAAAAAUAGUACGCCACUAAGAUAUUUCAAAUUAAAAAUUAUUUUUAAAUUUCACGUUUAAUUUUUGAUAAAAAUCCUUUCUUGCCUUUUUUUCAUAUGGUGCACCGCUUUUGUGCAGAAAAAUAAAACAUCUUGACGCGUAUUUUUCAUUUUUUAAUACAUUAUCAAGAAAUAUCCAAUAUAAUAAUACUUAACUGGAACAAUAACAGAAAAUAUUACUAAGAAGAUUUUAACUAGGUGCAGAGCUACAACAAAUGUUAAAAAUGACCUUUAGAGGUUACAGAAAAAUUUUAUAUUAUAAUUGGCGCGCGUACGGGUAAUGAUCUGAAUUUUUUUAAGAAAAAAAUAGUAUGCCACUGAGAUAUGUCAAACUAAAAAUCAUUUCUGAAUUCCUCGUUCAACUUACGACAAAAAUCUUUCUUGCCUUUUUUUCAUACGAUGCGCCGUUUUUAUACAAAAAAAUAAAACAUCUUAACGCUUACAAAGUAUUUGAGGUAGUUUUCAUAUGCAUAGAAACUUAAUUCAAAUACUUUGUAAACGUUAAGAUGUUUUAUUUUUUUGCAUAAAAACGGCGCCGCAUAUGGAAAAAAGUCAAGAAAGAUUUUUUGUCGUAAAUUGAACCAGCAAUUCAAAAAUGAUUUUUAAUUUUACAUAUCUCAGUGGCGUACUAUUUUUAUCUUAAAAAAUUCAGACAUUACCCGUACGCGCGCCAAUGACGAAUAUAAAAUUUUUCUUUAACCUCUAAAGGAGGUAAUUUUUAACAUAUGUUGUAGCUCUGCACCUAGUUAAAAUCUUAUUAGUAAUAUUUUCUGUUAUUGUUCCAGUUUAGUAUUAUUAUAUUGGAUAUUUCUUGAUAAUGUAUUAAAAAUGAAAAAUACGCGUCAAGAUAUUUUAUUUUUCUUCAUAAAAACGGUGCACCAUAUGAAAAAAGGCAAGAAAGGUUUUUUAUCAAAAAUUAAACGUGGAAUUUAAAAAUAAUUUUUAAUUUGAAAUAUCUCAGUGGCGUACUAUUUUUCCUUUAAAAAAAUUCAGACCAUUACCCGUAUGCGCGAAAAUGAUAAAUACAGAAUUCUUAAUUGUGUGUCAAAAAAUGCGCAAUAACUACCUCCUAAAACUGACGAAAUUUCAUUUUCAUAGCUCAACUGGUCUUAGAGCAAUAAAUAAAUUGGCAGUUUGAAAUAAAAAUUUCAACACCCCGUAUCUCGGAAACGAAGCUUUUGCGGACAUAUGUUUAUAAAGCAAACUGGCAUUAUUUUUUCAUGUAGAAUCAGCCCUUAAAGUUUUUCAUACUUAUUUACUAACACCCUGUAUAUGUCCUUAUAUUAUGACAUAUUGUCAAUCACAUUGGAGAGCAGAGUGUGGAUACGGAUCCAUACACCACAUCUGAAGAUGUAGAAACACUGCUAUAUAAUAUUUUUCUUGUGCGUUGAUUUAUACAUAUGUUAAAGUUACAGCUGCAUAGUAAGUGUUUGAGUUGUAUGUUUUUUUGAAAUUGAACUUCUUUUUUCUCUUUCCAUCAUCCGUUAACCAUAUUCCUAAGUAUUAAUAUGUGGUUAUUCUUUCAUCACUGAUUCGGUCGACAUGUCCGUCCAGUUCCAUUUCAGUUUGACAAUUUGGGAAAUUACAUCGGUAACUCCUGUUCUUCGUCUUGUCUUCAUUUCUAACUCGGUUACGAAGCUAUAUAUACAGCAUUAACCUUUCCAUUUUUCUCUAGGCCAUAGGUCAUCACAGGUACCACACAUUGGUCAAAUGUUUUACGUUUUAAAGAAAUUGGUAUAUCGCUUUUAAAGAUGUCUUUAAGUUUUCCAGAGGCUGCCCAUGCUAAGUUUAUUCUUCUUCGUAGUUCGCAUGUUUGGUUGUCUCUUGUGAUCUUUAUUUCGUGUCCAAGGUAUUUGUAUUUUUCCAUCAGCUCUACUUCGUUGUCUUCAAUAUUGAUAUUUCCCUAGGUACUAGGUUUAUCAUGAAUUUUUUUUUGGAGAUGUUUAUUUUAAGAUCCACACUGGCACACACUAACUGAAGUUGAUGUAGCAUUCAUUGUACAUAUCUCCUUGAGGUUGUCAGAGAACAAAACUAUGUCGUCAACGAUGUUACCUCUGAAGAAUAAUGUGUGAUACAUCUGAAUAUUGGGAGUGGGGGGAGUACAGUUGUAUAAAUGGGAUUGCUUCAACAGACGAGUGCUAAAAUAACGUUAUAAGUCGAUAAAGAUUUCCGAAUAACCUAAUAAGAGAAGGUAUUAUGUUGAUUUAAUGAAAACAUGUGAUAUUCUAGAUAUGGCUGUGAGCGACUUCAACGACAAGAUCGUAGAACACGGUAAUUAAAAAUAAAGUAAUUAAAAGACGAAUAACAUAUCACGAAAAUCAUUACUUUUUUUUAAUAAAUUCAUUCGACAUAUUUGUAAAAUUUUUACUGUUUUUACACUGUAAAACUGUGUAUUCGUCAGAUGUUAGGUUAGGAUAGGAUUAUUAACUUAGGUCUGAAAAAUAAGUAAUAGUCGAAACGAUAAAUCGAAAAAAGUAAAUACUUUCUGUUUACUUUCUGUCUAAACUGUUGUAAAUUUAUUUUUCAAAUCAUAAAAUUUUAAAGGAUAUUUAUUUUUCAGUUAGAAGUUAAUAAUCCUUAACCUAUUUUUUUAGAGUAUAGUUUGAAUCUGUUUACUGUAUAUAAAAAUACACAAUAAUUUAUGUGAAUCCACUUGAUUAUUUAAAAAUUUCACAUCAAUAUUUCAUCAAUUUCAUCUUAUUUUCACUAAAAAAUAUGUUAAUUAGAAGAUGAGUUAUGCCAGGUUAGUUAAGCGAAGGUUUUUGGUAAAGAUAUUUUUCUAAAAGUAUUAAUUAUAGAACAAAUGCUUAUAUUGUUAAGAUGUGCUUUAUAUAAAUUUAGCGUUAUAUAUUUACAACAUGUAUUUUAUAAAUAAAUAAUAUAUUGGAAAACUGUUA